UUGAGGGAAAAAAUGGAGGAAAAGUUACGCUCUCCAAAGUGAGCGAUAUUUUGUUAAAAAUGAGCACAUAUCGUGCCACUGAGAAUUAUGUGUAUAAAACAGACGAAUGUAUCGGGCGUGGUGCCACUGGCGAUGUAUACAAAGGUGUACACAAGGUUACGGGGGAGCAUUGUGCCCUCAAGCUCUGUGACUCGCGCUUCACCCAGCAGCUCCAGAGGGAGGUGGAGGCCAUGCGCCAACUCCAGCACCCCAACAUCACCAAGUUCUACCAACUGGAGUAUGAUAAGGAGAGUGCCAAACCAAUCCUAGUGAUGGAACUGUGUGAGAAAGGGAACCUGCUGGAGGUCCUAAGGGAGCCCAGCAAUGCCUUUGGUCUCCCAGAGGAAGAGUACCUCAGAUUCUUUAGUCAUUUAGUGUCUGGCAUGAAGCACCUUCGUCAAAAUGGAUUCUCCCAUCGUGAUAUAAAACCCGGAAACAUCUUAGUGUGCAUAGCAGACGACGGCAGUUAUGUCUACAAACUGUCUGAUUUCGGGACAGCUAAACCUCUCAAGGAUGGAGAUUUCUUCCAGUCUUUAGUCGGAACAGAAGAAUACCUGCAUCCGGACAUCUUCAAGACGGCCUUCAUUGAACGCCACAGACCGCGGGAGUUUGACAUCUCUGUGGACUUGUGGAGUCUGGGAGCCACACUCUAUCACACUGCCACUGGGAAGGUUCCAUUUCAGCCAUUCCAUGGGCGCGGGGACAAACAUACCAUGUUUCAAAUGAUAUCUCAUAAAGAUCCGGGAGUGAUAUCUGGUGAACAGACAUCUGCCACUGGAGAUAUCAUUUGGUUUAAAGAGUUGCCCAAAACCUGCAGGCUAUCAAACCGCCGAUGAUCUCCUUCAGAAGCACAGACUAUACCUCUUCUCUGUCAUGGAUUCAGAGCUCUAUCAUAUUUAUAUGCACCCAGCACACAGGUAGAAGCCAGCUAUAGGGAAAGUUUUAUAGCAUGUAAAUUCUAAGGUUUUUGGUUCUACCCAUUGUCUUUGCUCUCAGAAAGCUUGUUCACUCUCUCUAUUAAAAAAAAAGAUCUAGAACUUAUGAUAUACACAAAGCAAUAAAUCACCUUUAGUUAAUGUUUUAAAAAGUGGUUAAAUAAAAGAAGAUUAUUAUACCCCCCGGACAAGAAGUUUGGGGAGGGGGUAUAGAGGAAUUACCUUGUCUGUCUGUCCGUCCUUCUGUCCUUCUGUCUGUGCAAUCGUGUCCGGUCCAUAUCUUUCUUAUGGAGAAAAAUUGAAAGGUUUACUUCACACAAAGAUUGCUAAUGACCAAAGGGUGUGUCAUGAUCUUGACCCAGGGUCAAUUAAGCAAGGUCAAGGACACUGGCAGAAAAAAACGCAAAAUUCGUGUCCAGUCCAUAUCUUUCUUAUGGAGAAACAGUGGAAGUUCUUACUUCACACAAAGAUUGCUUAUGACCAAAGGGUGUGUCAUGAACUUGACCCAAGGUCAUUUGGGCAAGGUCAAGGUCAUUGGCAGAAAGAGUGCAAAAUUUGUGUCAAGUCCAUAUUUUUCUUAUGGAGAAACAUUGGAAGUUCUUUCUUCACACAAAGAUUGCUUAUGACCGAAGGGAGUGUCAUGACGUUGACCCAAGGUCCUUUGGGCAAGGUCAAGGUCACUGGCAGAAAAAGUGCAAAAUUCAUGUCUGGUCCAUAUCUUUCUUACAGAGAAACAUUGGAAGUUCUUACUUCAUACAAAGAUUGCCUAUGACCUAAGGGUGUGUCAUGACCUUGAUUUUUGGUCAUUUUGGCAAGGUCGAGGUCACUGACAGAAAACGUUCAAACUUCGUGUCCAGUCCAUAUCUUUUUAUGGACAAGCAUUGAAUGUUCUUUCUUCACAUAAAGAUUGCUUAUAACCUGAAGGUUCGUCAUGACCUUGAACCAAGGUCAUUUGGGUAAGGUCAAGGUCACUUGCAGAAAAAAAUGCAAAAUUCAUGCUGGUCCAUAUCUUUCUUAUGCCAUGGGUAAGUAUUGAAUUCUUUAUUCACAUAAAGAUUGGUUAUAACCUUAGGGUUUGUCAUGACCUUGACUCAAGGUCAAUUGAGGAAGUUCAAGAUCAUUAUUUCAAAAAUGCUUAAUUCUUGUCUGUGUUAGGUCUUGUAUUUAUGGAAAUAUUAGAAGCUAAAUUUUGACAUAAAGCUUGCUUGUCUCAGGCAACAUAAAAUUAUUUUUAGAUUCUCAUCCUCGUUUCUCUGAAAAUGGCCUGCCAAGAUGAUUUUUUUUUUGAAAAAAAAAUGUGUGGAAAAAAAAAAUUAAUGUGGAUUUUGUGUGAUGCGAGUUAUGUUUGUUCACGUAAGGAUGCAAAUGUCCUAAUGCAUUAACAGUCAACUUAAAAUAAAAUGGAAUUAAAAGAUAGAAAUUGGUUUGUUUACUCAUAUAAGCAUUAACAAUUUUAAAAAAUAGAGUAGUUGUUUAUAGAAAAUGGACGGUGAAAUAGAUUCAUCCAAUAUUUUCUAUAAUAGAAAAAAUACAUGCAUUAUGAUUUUUUUUUCUAAGCGGGGGGUAUAAAUUGUGAGCUUGCUCACAGUAUCUUGAUUUUUUUUUAUUUAAAGUUUAGGAGUUUAGACAAAACUAAAGCUGAACAUAUUGAUUUCAAGAUCAGAAUCUAUGGUGUAAAAUAAAAAUUAUCAAGCAUUACGAUGCACUACAGUUACUGUAAAUGCUCUUGUAGUAAUGUAUCAUUGUCAACCAUUUUUAGUUUUCUGUAAAGUAUAAACAACAGUACACCAAUUCUUAUAUAUGUAAUUCUAAUAGGUAUUUAUUGAAUCAUGUAUAUAACUUAAUGUAGAAAUAAAACCCAAAUGUGUCUAGCUUAGUCAUAAAUCAUUUUAACAGAAUGAUAGAUAUUGUAUGUUUCCUAAGUUACUGAAGUGCGAUUAGGAACAGACCUUCACCAACAUUAAAUCACCAUGCUUCAUGUUUCACUACCAGGACCUCAAGGAGUCUGUUUCUCUGGAGGAGCCUGUGAGUUGCAGUAACCUCAGCGGAGGAGCCAAUUGUGGUGUAACCUCCCAGAGAGGGGAUCUCGCUCACUACAAGGAUACCAAUGGCCUCUAUAGUCAACCUAA